GGAAACUAGCUAGGAGACAUUAAAGACUUCAGCACUCUCUUGCAGCAGAGGAACCUAGCUACCUGCCCACCUCUUUGUCAUGGAAGAGAAGGCCCCCUUCCGAGCUCUUCUCUUCCUCUUGCUCUCGACGUGGGUGGUAGCGAUCCGGCCGGGAGAGGUCGGCGGUGACGACGGUGGUGAGGAGAACCGCUCUGGAGAAUGGCCUUGGUCGAGCUCCACAGAUGGGGUGGAAUAGUUGGAAUCAUUUCGCCUGCAAUAUAAACGAAGACAUAAUUCGACAAAUCGCUGAUGCGAUGGUGGAUAGUGGCCUUGCAAAGCUUGGUUAUGACUAUAUCAACAUAGAUGAUUGUUGGGCAGCCUAUGAUAGAGACUCCCAGGGUAAUCUUGUUGCAAAUCCAUCAACAUUCCCAUCAGGAAUAAAGGUCCUAGCAGACUAUGUGCACGGGAAAGGGCUCAAGCUCGGAGUUUAUGGUGACGCAGGGUCGCGAACUUGCAGCAAUAAGAUGCCUGGUUCGCUUGGAUAUGAAGAGGAAGACGCUAAAACCUUCGCAUCAUGGGGAGUUGACUACUUGAAGUAUGACAACUGCAAUGACCAGGGACUGAGUCCACAACCAAGAUAUAUCAACAUGAGCAAAGCGCUUCUGAAUUCUGGGAGGGACAUUUUCUUCUCCCUUUGUGAAUGGGGCGUGGAUGACCCAGCAACAUGGGCAAGUGGUGUAGGAAACAGUUGGAGAACAACUGGUGACAUCCAGGACAACUGGGCAAGCAUGACGGCCAUCGCUGACACCAACGACAAGUGGGCAUCAUAUGCAGGACCUGGUGGAUGGAAUGAUCCAGACAUGCUGGAAGUCGGAAACGGAGGAAUGACAACAGAAGAGUACCGCUCCCAUUUCAGCAUUUGGGCUCUGACGAAGGCACCUCUUCUGAUUGGCUGCGACAUCCGCUCUAUGAGCAAUAAUACCAAAGAAAUCCUCAGCAAUCAGAAUGUCAUCGCAGUUAACCAAGAUGAGCUUGGGGUGCAAGGGCACAAAGUGCAGCAGGAUGGAGACCAAGAGGUCUGGGCUGGGCCAUUGAGUGGAGGGAGGGUUGCAGUUGUUCUAUGGAACAGAGGGUCUGCUGAAGCAUCCAUUACUGCAAACUGGAGCAGCAUUGGUCUCAAUGCAUCGACCGUCGUUGAUGCUCAUAAUCUGUGGACAAAUGAGGUUACAUCAUCCGUGCAAGGAGAACUGAAGGAGACUGUGGAUACUCAUGCUUGCAAGAUGUAUGUGUUGACCCCAAAGUAGCUGUGCUGGAUUCUCACCUUUGCAUGUACCUGUAAGAAUCAACAGAUUCAAAGUUUCAAACGUCCCAAAGAAUUACGGGAAAUAGAUAAAAGACUAUUACUUGUAUGCAUGGCUUCAUGUGAACACCUAGGAUCAAACAAAGUGAGAAUUUGAUCUGUCCUCCUCCUUAGGGUACCUGACGCUCUGUUGUCGGGCUGGUCAGUGGUCACCUCCAAACCUCUAUUACCCUGUUCUACGUCCAAACCUAUUACUAUGCAUGCAAACGUUGCCUU